AUGAAAAGUAAAGACCUUCGAAAUGUUGUACUUUGCAAACAUCAACCCGGUGAUCAUCCGCGAAAAUUUUUUCGUGAUCUGAAUGGCUCUUUAUCACUUGAUACAAUUGAAAGAUGGGUAGAAAUGAUUAAUGAAACCGGCUCUAUUCAUUUAUCAAAAUCACCAGGAUCCCCACGCACCGCUAGUUCCAAAACAACUAUAAGAAAAGUCAAACAACGGUUAAUUCGUAAAAAGAGAGUAUCCGUACGGAAGUUGGCGCGCGAACUGAACAUAUCAGCUACCAGUGCUCAUCGAAUAUUAACGGAUGAUCUCGGAUGUUAUGCUUACAAAUUUGUCAAAGAACCAGCCAUAACAGAUCAGCAGAAAGUCAACAGGAAAAAAUUUGCUACAUGGAUUCAACGGACGUUCAGAAAAGAGGACACGAGAAAAAUAUUGUUUUCGGACGAAAAGUAUUUCGAUGUCGAUGGUGUUUAUAAUUCGCAAAAUGAUCAAAUAUGGGCCAUAAAUCGUACAGAGGCUGAUAAAUGA